AAAUAACAUGUUUUUUAAAUAAAAAAAGUUGGUUUUUGGAAUUAAAGUGCGUUUGAAUUCGGUCGAUAGUUCCUGUUUGCUUUUAGUAAAGUGGUCGAAUAGUGAUUGUAGAACAAUGAUUGGAAAACAAUCGCGAAUGUUUUUCUUGAUAUCGCUGUGUGGGCUCAUGUUAGCGAUUUUACUUGCGACGUGGGGUAUACCAAAGAUUGUCAGAAACCAAAUACAAAAGAACGUCCAGAUUGAGCCGUCCUCGCAGAUGUUCGACAAGUGGCGGAAGCUGCCGAUGCCGCUCACGUUCAAGGUCUAUGUGUUCAACGUCACCAACGCCGAGGACAUCAGCGCCGGCGCCAAGCCCGAGCUCGAAGAGAUCGGGCCCUACGUCUACAAGCAAUACAGAGAAAGGACAAUUCUCGGCUACGGUGAGAAUGACACGGUGGAGUACAUGCUGAAGAAGACCUUCGUAUUCGACCAGAAGGAGACGGGCGCCUUGUCGGAGGACGACGAAGUGACUGUCAUCAACUUCACUUACAUGGCGGCUCUGCUACAAGUCCAAGAGCUGAUGCCGGGUCUGGUAGGAAUGAUCAACGGGGCGCUAGAGGAGAUGUUCACCAACCUGACGGACCCGUUCCUGCGGGUCAAGGUCAGAGACCUCUUCUUCGAUGGGAUCCACCUUAACUGUGUAGGAGAAAACUCAGCCUUAGGUUUAGUAUGUGGAAAAAUGAAAUCCGAUAAACCUGCCACAAUGCGUCCCUCUGAAGACGGAAACGGCUUUUACUUCUCCAUGUUUAGUCAUAUGAAUCUUACAGAAACCGGCCCAUACAAGAUGGUGCGCGGUACGAAAGACAUCCAGGAGCUCGGUCACAUUGUUUCUUACAAAGGCAAGAAAGCGAUGAAGAACUGGCGGGACCCGUACUGUAACCAGCUGAACGGGUCUGACGCCUCCGUCUUUCCACCGGUUGAGGGCUCUCCUCCUAAACGGCUGUAUUCCUUUGAACCCGAAGUAUGCAGAUCUCUGUACGCCAAUCUAGUCGGCCCAGCCACCGUUUUUGACAUAAAGGCGAUCUACUACGAAAUAGCUGAAGAAGCACUGGCAGCUAAAACUGCGAACCGGGAUAACAAGUGCUUCUGUAGAAAGAACUGGAGCGCCAACCACGACGGCUGCCUACUGAUGGGCGUUCUGAACCUGGAGCCGUGUCAGGGCGCGCCUGCGCUGGCGACGUUGCCACACUUCUACCUCGCCUCCGAAGAACUACUGGAGUAUUUCGCCGGAGGCAUCAGUCCGGAUAAAGAGAAACACAACACAUACGUGUACCUUGACCCGAUAACCGGUGUUCUAUUGAAAGGCGUCAGACGUCUACAGUUCAACAUCGAACUCCGGCAGAUAAAGGGGAUCCCACAGCUGGAAAACGUGCGCACGGGCGUGUUCCCGUUACUCUGGAUCGACGAGGGCGCAGAAUUGCCGCCAGAAAUCCAGCAGGAGCUAAAGCAGUCCCACACCCUGCUGGGAUACGUGGAGAUGGCGCGCUGGAUCCUGCUGUCCAUAGCCAUAUUAGUGUUACUAGCCAGUCUGUUCAAGCUGGCGAGAAGCGGCGCUGUCCCGAUGUGUGGACAACAUACUAAUUCUGUCAGUUUCGUGCUGUCCGCUACUGGUAAUGGUAAUAAAAUGCACUGAGU